AUGGAUAUCGUGGGCCCCUUGCCGCAAGUCCGUGGCCAGCGCUACCUCUUGACCUGUACUGACAGCUUCACGCGGUGGCCUGAAGCCAUUCCCAUACCUGAGAUAACAGCAGAGACUGCCGCCGCCGCUUUCGUCGCCGGUUGGGUGUCCCGUUUCGGCGUACCAUCCACCGUAACAACCGACCGCGGCAGACAAUUUGAAUCUCAUCUCUUCCGUGAGAUCUGUGUCUCCUCGGGACCCGACAGUGCAGUACCACCGCCUACCAUCCGGCACCGAAUGGCCUGGUCGAGCGCUUCCACCGGCAACUCAAGACUGCCCUGUGCGCCACUGGCAGCCCGCUUUCCUGGCCUGAUCGUCUCCCGCUGGUUCUUUUGGGCCUGCGUUCGGCCGUUAAGCAGGAUCUGCGAUGCUGCUCUGCCGAUCCCUGCUGACGCUGUACCAAACUAUUCGUCCUACAUCGCACGCCCGCAGGCCACUUUCCAAGACCUCCAGGACACUCCGACGCGGAACCAGUUUUCACGCCUGACUUUUAGACCACCAGGCCCUGACACGGCUACGCACGUGUUUCUGCGCCUGGACGCCUUUCGACCACCGCUCCAGCUUCUUUACAGCGGGCCGCACGAGGUCCUGUCGUGGUCGCCGAAGCACUUCCGCCUGCUCCUUCCCCGCGGUCCGGAGUCAGUUGCGGUCCACCGCCUCAAGCCAGCCUACCAGCACCCUUGCACCCUUGGUUUCGUUUUCGACUGCAUCGCCAUUCCCUGUCAUUAA